CGGACCGGCGCGGCAUUCAUUCAGAACGAAAUAUGGCGUCGGAGGAUGCGAACGCGCCGAAGUGUGAUCUGGAAGGCGAUGGCUGUGUCCGUUUGUCGUCGAUCCUUCAAGCCUUCGGUGCGCCCAUCCGCGAGGAGCAGGCCUGGGCCGUGUGCUACCAGACUUCAAAGUGCAUGUGCAAAGAGUGGACGGCGGACAACCGCGGAUGUUAUUGCCUGACAGACACCAGUCAGCUGAGGAUCCACAAGGAUGGGAGCGUACACAGCUCCACGGUGCGCGACUUGGGUCCGGCGUCCACACGACCUAUUGCCACAAGCGAAUACAAGCUCGUGUGCAGCCUUGGCCUGGUACUGUUCCACGCGCUCGAGUACGGGCUCCGACCGGACGAGGAGCACGUGUUGAGCCGACCCUUCGAGAUGCUUCUGGACCGUAUGACGUCCGCCGACCCCGAGGCGAACUCGGACGCCGAGCUGAGCUCGGACGACGAAUCGGGCGAGGAAGACUGUCACGACGAAGGCAUCGAGAAGGACUCCGGCGAGGACGACCCGGGCGGCGGCGACGGCGGCGGGCCCGGCAAGUCCCCGCAUCGAGCGGGCCUGACGCUCGCUAAGGUGCUCGAGAUGUGCGCAUCUCAUCUUCAAAACCCAUCGCAGGCUGAUCUGCACUACAAGGCUGUUUGCCGUGCCCUAGUUGCAGAAGCUGUUGAACUAUCUACAUUCCUACAAAAAAUAUCUAGUGGAACCAAAGAUUUUAUCAAGUGUCAUCGCAAUGAUCCAGAUACCUCAGAUCUUGAUGGCUUACAGUUUCAGGACUGGGCCAUGCUGUGGAUGCAGGUUAUUCGAGAACUUCGUCAGGGAGUUAAAUUAAAGAAGGUUGACAUUGAAACACACCUGCACCCUGUGGAAUAUGAGCUGACGCCUUACGAGAUGUUGCUGGAUGACAUCCGUUCACAGAGGUACAAGCUAAACAAAGUCAUGGUUAAUGGUGAUCUCCCACCUCGAGUGAAGAAAGAUGCCCAUGCUUUAAUAUUGGAAUUUAUCCGCUCUAGGCCUCCAUUGUUUCCUGUUUCAAGACGAAAAUUGAAGCCUGCUCCUCGGCGGGAAACAUCGGUACACGACAGGCUGAUGGCAGACAUACGGCAACCACAGAUGCUUCGACCAGUCAGGAAAAGGGGCAGUGCCAGCAGUUCUGUGGAGACAUCACGAACAAAGCUGGUGGACUCCGAUUCUACACCACAGCCGAGGAGGAGGCUCAUCAUGGCUGACAUCUCUCUGCAUCUUUCAUCAAGCUUUGAUGAGGAUGACUUGGACGAUGCUCCCACUUCUCCUGUGCCAGAGCAGCCUCACUCGUUGCCUGUGCAGCUUCGCCGAACACCUCCAAGGCCCACAAAACUACAGUGGCAGCACAAGCAUGGAAUUGGAGAUAGCCCUGAUGUCCCAACCACAGCAUUGUUGAAGCGCAAGUUAGAGCGUCGGCAUAGCAUCACCGUGUGUGAAUCACCAUCGAGGGCACCGUAUCGCAUAGCUCAGGAAAUGCUCCGGCGCCCUGACAAACUGGCACUUAAUGCACGACAAGAGUCUGGAAAGGAAAACUGGACCACGACACAGUGGGAGAAUUCAAUGGAGUGUUUGUCCUUAACUCUGGAAGAAGUUGUUCACAUACGUAACGUUCUAACGAAGGCAGAACUGGAGUCUCUGCUUGCCAAUAGGCCCCUUUAUGAAGACGUUGAGAAGCGAAAAGUCUGCUUCACCUGCAAAAAGACCAAGUUCUCGUUCUUCAGGCCAUGGGGAGUCAACUGCAGGCUGUGUGAGAGAAAAAUCUGCGACAAAUGCUCUACCAAGAUGCACAUUCCAACAGACAGGUUUGACCGUAUACCUGUUUAUAUGCUGUGCCCAACAGCUACAGAAGAGGAUUCACCGAAUCACUCCCCGCUUCCAAAGGCUUUUCAGUUUACCAGUGGCUCCGCACCAUCAUCGCCAGUCCCGAGCAGGCCUGCAGGUGCCACCUUCAAUACAAAGCUCAAUGUGACCGUUUAUGCACCGAAUUCUGCACCACCACGACCAAGGGUUCCCAAGCUUCGCCAUGCAUCCUCGGUGUGCAGUUCAAAAAUCGGUGUCUCCGAAGACACAGCAGAUCAGGAGGCACGCAGAGCACCCCUGCUGCGUUCCCGCACUUUCCAACACAAGGCCACCUCUCCACAGGAAGAGCGGUUGCGCGGCCCGCUUAUGACUGUCUGCCGGGACUGCAAGGGAAUGAUAAGGCAGAUCAUUCUGGCUAGCAGGACCGACAUGGCCAAGUCACAACGGAAGGCGUGCAAGCCACCCCUGUGCGUCGUGUGCAAAAACUGAGAGCAACAAAAAUUAUUCACAGCCUGCAGAGAAAGUGCAGUGCAAGGGGCACCAUUUUUUUUUUCUUUUGUGAAUAGUUUCUUGGCAGAUAAAGCAAUAGAAGUGUAACGUCUGCAUGUUGAGUUUUGUGUCCACUUGCUGUACAGUGUCUAGCUGCAUGCCUUCUCCUAAACAUGUGUUUACUACAGCACAGCCCCAAUUUAUUUAAUAUUUCAAGAAUGCUGUAAUUGGCAUAGUUUCUUGCCCUGGUGUGAUUCACAGUGCAAGACUAGGCUGGUUACUGAUUUUUUUUUUUUUACAUAAGGUAGCUUUUGCUGGCACAAGUUCAACCCUCACUUCUUGAAUGCUAUGACAUGUUAUAUAUAUAUUUUUAUUGUACAGUUUUAAAUAGAAAUGUGGCCGCAUGUUGCAUAAGUGUUGAAUUUUAACAGAUUUUAUUAAUUUUUUUUCAUCUCAGCAUUCAUGUGAAAAUAUGUGCUAUAUGCUGGACACAAACUAUGUUGGCCGUAGCAACCUCGCUCUGCAAAAAGAAAUAUAUAUAUAUAUAUUUAUUUAUACACCAUAAUUUUUGCUGAAGUUCUUUUUCAGAAGAGUGUAAAUACGUGUAUAUUUCAUGGGUUUACUAUGCACAAACACCUGUUUGAUAUGUCUGAUAAUAAAAAUCCCUGCCAUUGUUCUGUAGCUCUGAGUACCCAAGUAAGCAUAGUUGUGGCAGAUUCUAAAAGAAUCUGACAAUUUGUGAGGACCCAUUUGACUGAUAGUGUGUGAGAAAUGUGCAAUAUCUCUGCUGAAUCUGUGCAAUAUCCUGCAUCAUGCAGGACGAGUAUCAGUAAUGGCAAAAGUUCAAGAGGACAGGGGCAAAGUUCACAAAGUGUGAGAAAGAGACAAAAAAAUGUGCAGCAUUUUUGCCCUAACAGUGGAGCCGAGGCCAUAAUAGUCUCGGAUAUCAGUACUACUAAUACACUAUGGGAUAGGCCAAGAAUCGGGUAGCAAGAGAGCAGAGAAACAGCCAAGCUAGUGCUCUAGAAUCACUACAUUUCAUCAUCCUAUCCUACAUUGGAGUUGUCGCCAAUGCUGUCACCAGUGCCCU